AUGAUCAAUCUUUUGUUUACCAUGGUAUUCACAGAAAUGACUCUGAUCCUAAUCCUUUUAUUUAGAACCCCUUUAAGGAAGUUAGUGAUCUUAGGGAUGGACAAGUUGAAGCAAGGGAAGGGUCCAUUGGUAGCAAAAACUGUGGCCACAACCUUGCUUGUGGUGUUCACUUCCGUCUUAAACAACGUAAUGCAGAUUAGGAAACGUUUGCUAGAUGCAGGUGUGGUUAAUUCAACCGAUGAGGUUCUUAUGGCAGAACGUAUUUUGGAAGCAUCUCUUUUAGGAUUUUCUCUAUUCCUGGCACUGAUGAUAGAUAGACUACAUUACUAUAUCAAAGAACUCUUUCUUGUUCGGGAUGAGAUGGAAGAGGUGAAAAGAUUAAACCAGCUGGAUCAUAAAGACAAGAAAAGCAGCAGGAGAAGUGCGGAUACGUACUAA